GGAACUCCUCCGCCCCUGAAAAGGAAAGGAAGAGGGAUGAUUCUGCUGCUGCUUUUUUGGCCACUUUCUUGUCAAUUUCCCUUCCUUUCUUUCCCUUUUCUUUCUGGUAGAGAGGGGGAAGUGGCUAGGCUUGGAGAGCAGGUAUGUUUCAGGGGACAGAGCUACUCUUCUGAACCCCCAGGCAGAUUCAGCAAGGGAGACUCUAGACUGUUGCCUUUUCUCCACCCAGAAAUCCAUUUUGCAGUUUUUGUUGAUUUCCUUGUUGCAAGCUUUGGCAAAUCCAAAUGAUUUCCAAACCUUUUAUUUCUUUUGCUGCUGCGGCUGCUGCUGGGAGUUGGAGCAAGGGAUUAAUGAUUUGCUUCUCCUUCAAUGUGUGAUUCAGGGAUAGGGAGAAGGUCAGGCCUUGUCACCUGACAUUGUGAAUCCUGUCAAUUCUGGCCACUCUGGAGGGGGUUUGUUGUAUUUUCCUCCUGCCCUCCCUUCCUGCCCUGUCCUUUCUCUAGCCUUCUCCUCUUUCCCUAGCACUCUGUUUUGCUCACACACAAUCCCUACCAUGAAUUCACAAGCAGCUUCAGGACACAUUUGGCUGAUUUUCUUUUUCUUUACCAGCUCAGCAAAAGGGAACUUGGAGACACCAUCUUUCCAGCCUGGAAUCCUAUAUCAAUAUCGCUACUCACUGGAGGUGCAGCUAGAUUAUGUCUCAAGGUUGUCCUUGCAAGGAAGUCGGAUGCGGGCUGAAGCUUUGGUUCAGGUGCACCUGCUCUGGAGAAAUCUUGCAGGGGAGCAGCUUCUCCAGAUCCAGAUCCAAGACCUAAAAGUCCACCAUGAUUCAAAACACGAGAAGAGUCAGAAUGUUACCGGAGACCCAUCCACUGAGGUUGUGCUGGGCAAAGAGGACACCGCAGAGCUUCAGCUGCCAGUUUUCCUCCACUGGAAUAACGGGAAGGUAGAAGGCAUCUACGGAGAUGGAGGAGGAAAGCCCCAGACCUUGAAUCUGAAACAGGGCCUCAUCAGUCUCCUCCAAUACCAGCCACAUUCUGGGACAGCAACUGAGGAGGAUGUUUCUGGGAGCUGUCAAGUCACAUAUGUUGUUUCCAAGGAUUCCGUUGUAAAGACAAAAGAUCUGCACAGCUGUAUAAGGCCGAAGUUUGGAUUCACCUCCGUUAACAAAAUUUUUGGAGUUCUGUGGCAACCCACAAGCAAAAGCUUUUACUCUGUACAAGGAAGUCUCAUCCAGUCAGUGCUGUCGGAGGAAAGCCACGAGGUCUCUCCAACCUUGAAGUCCUCCAUUGGCACCAAGAUCAUGUCAAGACAGCAGCUUGAACUCGUGUCUUCUUCGAUGCCUGGCCCUGCAGAGACUCCUGUACAAAGCCUUCAGGAAGCUCUGGCUGGCAUACUGGAAAAGCACCAGCCUAUAAGCACAAUUAGCCCGCACUUCAAGAGAACCUGCAUGCAGUGCCCAUCGCUCAAAACAUAUUUGAGGACUCUUGGUAACAGGAGAGUCAAAAUGGAUGUCUCCAAGGUGUCAACAACCUGGCAAUUCCACAGGUUCAUCCAGAUGCUGCGUGAUGCCAAGAAGAGGGAUGUCCUCCAGCUGCUGAGGAAAGCUCCGGAGAAGAUGGUUACCUUCUUCAUUGAUGCUGCAGUAGCUGCCCAGUCAACAGCUUCCUUGGCAGCUCUCUCUGAAUUUCUGGAUUUUAGCAACAAAGGACAAGUGCCCCUCCUAGAGCAGUUUCUCUAUGCUGCAGCCUUCUCUCCUCGGCCCUCAAAAGAACUUCUGCGCCUGGUGCUAGACAAGCUGAAUGGAAAGGAGUUAGACCCUGCCAUCUGGGAAACAGGCAUAAUUGUCAUUGGCACUCUAGCUGGCAAGUUGUGCCGGAUGAAGCUGUGUGGAUUGCAGGAAGUAGGACUUGGAAUGGAAACUGUUCUGAGAAGAUUAAGAGACACCAAGGAGAAUUCUGAGAUAAUCAUUUACCUGUUGUCCCUGCAGAAUGCCCUGCUCCCAGAAACCAUUCCUACCCUCCUGCAUUAUGCAGAGGAAGGGUCUGCAGGGGUCUCAGGUACAGCAGUAUCUGCCCUACAAAGGUUCUCCUCUCAGCAUAUCACUGGUGAGGUGAAAAAGGCAAUGAGGAGGAUUUUCCAUCAGAAAAACAGAAACUAUGAAAAAACCUCUCGACUGGCUGCUGCUGAAAUUCUGUUGGACAAUGAGCCUUUGCCCAUGGACCUCACCAAUAUCCUGCUGGCCACCAGAGAGCUGGAAGCAGAAAUGUCAAAAUUUUUACUUUCGAAAAUCCAGACUAGUUUACAUUCUCACCAUCACCCAGCCAGGAAAGCAAUGAAAGAAAUUCUGAAAGAUCCACAGAUCAAUAAUUACAACUACCUCUCCAAAACUGGCAGUUCCUCUUCUUUCUCAGGACCCUUGGCAGUCACGGAUGACAUGCUGUCCACUUUCAGUCUGGAGCUGCUAUUCACUGAGAGUGGUGGUCUCCUGAGGAAGAGUGUCUCAGGUUUCAUGCUGCGAAGCCAUGGCCACCAGCUUCAGGCAGCUCAGGUCUCUGUUGAAGCCCAGGGGUUGGACUCUGUGCUGGGAGAGAGUAAUACUGAAGGAGAAGAGGAGCAGGAGCUCAUGGCUGGGAUGUCUGCCAUUUUCUUUGACGUCCAGUUACGGCCAAUUGUUUUCUUCCAAGGGUAUACGGAUUUAAUGGCCAAGGUCCUCUUAAGCAGCGGAGAGCCAACCAAUGUGGUCAAAGGGAAUGUCCUGCUGAUGGAUCAUGAACAGGCAAUUCCACUCCAGUCUGGACUGCAAUCAGUGGUUAAACUUCAGGGGGCACUUGGGUUAGAUAUUUCAGCCAACAUUGAUAUGAAUUUAUGGGAGCAAGAAUCAAGAACAAGCAUCAAAACGAGGGGUGGACUGGCCAUUGAUUUCACAGCAGAAAUCGAUGCCCCUUUCUUUCAAGCCAGUGUGAAAAGCCAGAUAGAGGCAGAAGCCUCAAUCAAUUUUGAUACAGCGGUGAGAUUUUCAGGGAAUCCUGUGCUCAUGUGUCUGCAGCUAAGGGAGGAGCAGCUUCCUUACAGAGAAAUCUUUACAAUCUCCGAAUCUUCACUGAACCAAAGCAUUACUGUUCGCAAGGGGAGACGGGGCAUUAUUGCUGGACGUGAGCUUUCCUUGCACAGGGCCAACUCCGAGAUGUGCAAGAUCCUGUUGACAGAGACAAAGGAGCAGUAGAGGAAUCAAUGUGUGCUGGGUCUGGAUUUAUCAUUCCUCCCUUUUCCUUGGUCCCAAAUUCUCAACGAGCCACAUCCAUGAGCCAGACCCAGGACUGAUGUGGGCAGCCCAGGGCCCUUUCUAGCUCCCAAAACAGUCUGCUUUUUACUGACUGUAAUAAAAACAAGUGUCCCUAUUGCAAGAGAACACGUUGAAAUCAGGGUGCCAAAUGUGGUUGGGACAUGAAUCCCUAGAGUUCAUCAAGGCAAGUCCCUUGUAAAGGGCCAGCUCUGAGACGUGCACGAUUCUGUUGGUACAGUCAAAGGAACAGCAGAAUUAACAUGUUCUGGGUCUGGCCUUAAGAAUCCUUAAGACACCAAGAAAGGAGAGAGGUAGAAUGUUCAUAAUCAUGUACCCUUCCCUAUGAUGGUCAUUCUCCAUAUGACAUGGUCCCUUAGAAGUAAAACUGGGCCAUCAUAAACCUCACAGCUAAGACCCCUUGCUUUGAGAGUCACAAGGUGAAUUUCAGGCAGUCUUAAGAAAGUGUUCUGAGAGAGGAUACCCAGAAUGGCAUGUUAAUCACACAUUUCUCCCCACUCACCUGAGUAACCACAAUCAAGUGAGCUCUCUCAGAGGGUCUGGUCAGAACUUCCCGGGGCUGAGGAAGUGAAUGGAAUCCAAUAUUGCAUGAUUUGAUGACUGCGAUAGUGGGCCAUGCAUGUGGAAAGGGUAGCUUGAUUUUGGGGGAUACUUGAUUUUUGAAAAAAAAGCAGUAAAACAAAAAAGCUGCAUAAUCUGUCAGCAAUUAUGUACAUUCCUUUUGGUAUAAUUAAAAGUGUUUGUAUCUGAAUAGUUGUUCAUCUCAGUUCCCUCACAACUUGAACUUCUUCUGCCUGAUCCUCCAGUGAGUUCAUGCUCUGUUGCCAGGGAAAUGACUGAUGUUAGAAAUCCAGAAAGAGAAGAUGACGCUGGAAGUGGCAAAUCCUUUGUUUAAAUAGGGCAAAUUCAACCCUGGCAUAACUUCUCAUUUUAGGGGUUAGAUGGAUGAAUUUGACCCACACAAUUUUCAGUAUUAGCAAGAAUAAUUAAACACAUUAUGGAAAACUAAUGUGAAGGUAAAUAGGGUUGUGCUUAAGUAGGGUGUGUAUAUAUAUAUAUAUAUAUAUAUAUAUAUAUAUAUAUAUAUAUAUAUAUAUAUAUAUAUAUAUAUGGCAAUUUUUCCCUUGGCAAGACUCCUCUUUUAAGGGAAUGGAAGUCUACUAGGGAUAUUACUUCUCAUUUCACCAAUACAACAUUAGUGGAACAGUGGAACCACUACUGGGGCACUGUGUCCAGUUCUGGUGUUCACGCUUUAAAACAGAUGUUGAAAAAUUAGAAAGAAUUCAAAGAAGAGCGACAAGAACGUUUUGAGAUCCGGAAGAUCUGCCUUACAAUGAGCAACUUAAGGCACUCAGUCUAUUUAGCUUGUAAAACGCAAUUACGCAAGGUUACAAUGCAAUUUGGCCGUGGCCUGUACUUACACAGGGAGAAGAUAUCAGGUAGAUGAAGGAUCUUGAAUUUAAGAGACAACAGCAUAACAGGAUCCAAAGGCUGCAUUUGAAGUCAGCAAAGUUCAAACUGGAAACGAGACCCAGUUUUUAAUAGUAAGAGGCUUUAAACAUUUGAACAGAUUACUAAAGUAUUUGUUAAUUCUCCAUCACUCGGAGUUUUUCUAAAAGAUAUGCUCUAGAUACCCACGUUACUGGGUAAAAGUAGGUAUCGCAAGGUGAAAUUCCCUUGCCUGUAUUACCCAGGAGGUCAGAUUAGAUGAUUAUAAUGGUCCCUUCUGGCUUUGAAAUCUAUGAAAUGGAGAGUUUGGCCAAGGUUAAUACAACAAGGACAUUUCAUAUAGUUCUCUGUCUCUCUCUCUUUUUAUGGAUAUUAUUCAACAAAAAUUGAACAGAGCAGUGUGGGAGUGUCUUUCCCAGUAUCCCACUCUCCUCCCAGUCUUGUCAGAAUGUAACAGGAGUAGGGGAAGGACAUGUUUAUGUGUAUAUAUAUAUAUAUAUAUAUAUUUUUUUUUUUUUUUUUGAGAUUCAUUUCCUAGUGGAUAGUUACCCAUGGUGCUCCUCCUUCUAGGUGAUCCUAGGUUUACAUAUUAAUGAAAAAACCUUUUGCAUCUCUUAACUUCUUAAAAGUGGUACCACUCUUUUAAAUGAAGCACAAGGUGACAAGACAUUCCUCAAUCCUAAAGAUAUAUGAGGCAAUAUUCAAGUAGCAAAGUGAUGGAGAAACUUCCCUUUUCUGUUUAUAUUUUGGCUAUAUUUGUGGUAAUUAGUGUACAUUGUAAUUUGCUUUUUAGAGUACACAUUGUUUUUUAAGUUUUCAAUGAUUUUUCUUUUAAGUGACCAACAUCAUUGUAUCAGUUAUCAUUUUUGUGCUACAAAUUGAAUAUUACUGCAGCAAUUGCAGAAGGAAGGGAAAUUAACAUCAAAUAGCAAUGCUCCUGGAUCCCUUUCUGAUAAGAUUUUUGGUGUCCCAGUUUUGCUUCCCACUUACAGUUUCUAUAUCAGAAAAAACUGGGGAGUGGGGAGAUUGUGGGAGUAUGAGAACACUGCAAAAGCUGAGGAUUUUGUUGCCUGAUAGCAUUUCUUUCAUACUGAUGCUCAUAUUUUUGCUUGGUGGUGUUUUGCUGCUUUUUCAGAGGGAGAUACUAAUUAUGCAUCAUUUGGUUUAGUUUAAUAAAUUUAAUCUAUUUUUUUUUAAA